AUCCGUCAAACUGCAGCUAAAGUAGAGGUAUAGGUACCUUUUUACCUGCCAAAUCCGUUAGCUAUUGAUAUUAUCCAUGAUUAUAAGCACCAGUAGUUGUUAAUGAAAGUAGGCUAUCUUAAUCUCAUACUGGCGUCAUGAAAGAUGUCGUUGCUGUCAAUCAAAGUGCGGGGCAUUAACACCUGCGAAUGAAACUUGUGAGUGACCACUUGUUAUCAACUACAAGAAGUACGUCCUAUCGUGCCCGUUAAUUUUCUUAUGAUUCAAGCUGUCCCCAUAUAAACAUGGCUAACGUUGAGAAAUACUAUCUCCCGCCUACUCAGCUUAUCCCCAAUUCCCCACAACCUCUACUCCAUUACAAGGGACUCCUAGCACAAACCUCGGAACGCCAACCUGGAGCUAUCAAUGAUAGGCUAGAAAGAAAUCACUGGACUACACAAUGGAUAUUCCGUUACGGCCCGAGCCAACCAUCGCACUACCACUCACGAAUCCACGAGGCUAUGGUGGUACUCUCUGGAAAGGCAACUAUUAGGUUUGGUGUCGCGGAUACAGAUCCCGACCUUGAUAAUAAUACCUGGGGCGAUGCGAAAGAAAAAGGUGGGAUAGAGGUAGCGGCUAAUGUUGGAGAUGUUUUUAUAAUCCCAGCCGGCGUGGCUCACAAGACAUACGAUACUAGCCCAAGCGCUGAAUUCAGUUUAUUAACCCCAGGUGAUGGACACGGAAUACCCGGACCAGACGUCAGAAAAGCCUUGGUAAAUGUAAAACUUUCCGGGUACAUGAUGAUGGGUGCUUACCCUAAGAAUUGCGGCCACUGGGACUUCUCUACUGGAGGAGAGGAUGUGGGAAGUUUUGAGACCUCGUGGACUGUUCCUCGACCAGAGAAAGACCCCUUUCUAGCUGAUUCAAGGGAUGGCAUUGUCGGACAGUGGAAUGAUACUGAGGUUCCUGGUAGGAGAGCUGUAUCUAGUAAUCUUUAAAAUACUCAUUGACACAAGGUA